UUUAGCUCAUCAUCACCUUCAACCAUAUCAAUCAGUGAUCGUCCGCGGCGGACGCCGCUCAGUCAGACAGAUUAUCACGUUUUAUUAUAACAUUCCCAAUGUGUCUGUGGAUUUUGACAGCAUGUUUAGGGUUGCUCCCUGCCAACCCAUCACCCAUCGUAGUAGUGCCCGGUGUGCCUGCACCAAUCAUCGUUCCUACGGCGGCUCCUACAGCAGCAACCACGGCAGCCGCAACUACAGCGGCAACCACAGCAGCAGCAACCACAGCGGCCACAACGGCUACGACGACUCGGCCCCCCACGCCGGCUCCUACCACGGCAGCUACGACAGCCACUACUGCAGCUCCUACCACCGCGGCUCCCACUGCCGCGCCUACAACGGCGUCUACGGCAGCGCCUACCACUGCUACGACAGCCGCUACAACGACCACGACUUUAGGCCCGCUCCCGAUUGAUCCUCGACUCGGCACCACUUCGGCCCCUUCGGCAGCCCUAAAUGUACCUCCAAUAAGCGGGUAUAGUGCACAAUUACCAACGUAUGAUAGCGCUGUGAAAUUUCCAAGGCAGCGCAGAAGCCUGGACGAUGAGCACGCAGUAAACAUGAAAGAUUUUUUAUGUAGUGUUGGAUCAGGUAGAAAGCACAAUAUUGUGAAAAGACAAAGUAAUUGUGCAUGUGUGCCUACUGGAACUUGCGUUCGAGUUGUUAACAAUAAUGGAGCUGGGAUGAUAGACAUCAGGAUUGUUACUCCGGUAGCAACUCAGUGUCCAUCUGGUCAAGAGUAUUGCUGUAGCGGCACUACCAGCGGCACGUUGAUUAAUUGUGGUACUCUGCAAACUGUCCCUACUACUGCCAUCACUCCAGCGGCCGGACAAGCCAACUUUGGAGAAUUUCCUUGGCAGGCAUUAAUACUGACGAAACAGAACGAUUACAUUGCUGGAGGUGUUCUGGUGGACCAAUUAAAUGUUCUGACGGUUACACAUAGAUUAUUGCCAUAUGUUGUUUCAGGAACGGCGCCAAACGUCAAAGUACGUCUCGGCGAGUGGGAUGCUGCCGGUACCUAUGAGCCAGUAGCUUUCCAAGAGUACACAGUGACCAAAGUGUUCAGUCAUCCGUCUUACAACGCCAACACCUUGCAGUAUGACAUCAUGGUGCUCAGGCUGUCAGCAACUGUGCCAAUCACGCCAAAUGCUGGUGCCGCUGUGACGAUCAACAGGGCGUGUCUGCCUCCGUCCUCGACUACAACUUACACAGGACAAAGGUGUUGGGUGUCAGGAUGGGGUAAAAACAUGUUCGGUUUACAAGGCCAGUACCAACAGAUAUUGAAAAAGGUAGACGUACCGAUAGUGGCACCUGCCACAUGCCAGAGUCAGUUGCAAACAGCCCGUCUGGGUGCCUCCUACGUUUUGGACACCACAUCCUUCAUCUGCGCAGGAGGGGAAGCUAACAAGGAUUCAUGUACAGGUGACGGUGGCUCGGGACUGGUGUGCCAGGUGAAUGGCCAGUGGGUCGUGGUGGGGCUGGUGUCUUGGGGGCUCGGCUGCGCUAACGCCAACGUGCCGGCUGCCUACGUCAACAUCGCUGGCUUACUGCCCUGGAUUCAACAGCAAAUUGCCACCGCUUAGAGUAAUUUAUGUCAAAUAAUAAUCCCUAUAAGCUAUACUAUGUUAUGUUAAUUUUAUAAUUUGACAUCGACUUCUUUUGUACAAUAAAUGAGAUGUUUCUGUAUAUUGGGUUCCUAAAAGGAAGGGCAAUAAAAGCAAACUGGUAUUGAAGCUUAACACAAUA